CCCUGCACGAGCUGCACAGCGCCAUGGCAAGCGAAGCACCUCUCGCCGUCCCGCCGACGCUUCCAACCAAGCGCAUCGUGUCCAAGGCGCACCUCGACGUGUGGCUCUCGUCGGCCACCCACUCGCACGUCGUCGCCUUCGUCGAGGAGCUCAACGACUCGGUCGUCGGCGUCAAGCUCACCGACGAGGUGCCUUGUAGCCCUGCUGUCGACGCCCUCGUGAGCGUGCUCGAGGCGGUCGAGCAGCUGUAUCACGACACGCCGCCAGUCGACAACGGCGGGUCACGCUUUGGCAACCCUGCAUUCCGGGACUUCUACGACAAGGUGGCCUCGAGUACAGCAGAGCUUCACGCCGAGGUGCCCGGCCUCGACGCGGCCUACGUCAACGAGCUGAGCGUCUACUUCUGCGAGUGCUGGGGCAACCGCACGCGCGUCGACUACGGGAGCGGCAUGGAGCUCAACUUCCUGUGUUGGCUACUGUGCCUCAAGAAGCUCGGCGUGUUGACCAAGGACGACGGCAAGGCGGUCGUCAUCAAGGUCUUCUGGAGGUACAUGCGCGUCGCGCGGCUGCUGCAGACAGGCUACUGGCUUGAGCCGGCAGGGUCCCACGGCGCCCAGGGCCUCGACGACUACCAUUUCGCCGUGUUUAUUUUCGGCUCGGCGCAGCUCAAGGGCCACAAGUACCUGCGGCCCAAGUGCAUCCACGACGCCGAGAUUCUCGAAGAGUUCUCCAAGGACUACAUGUACCUCGCCUACAUCCAGUUUAUCAACUCGAUCAAGACGGCGUCGUUGCGGUGGCACUCGCCGAUGCUCGACGACAUCAGCGGCGUCAAGACGUGGGACAAGGUGAACCAGGGCAUGGUCAAGAUGUACUGCGCCGAGGUGCUCGCCAAGCUCCCCGUCGCGCAGCACUUUCUCUUUGGGUCGCUCCUGCCGUACCCAGACGCGCCCGAGCUCGACGCGCACGUCGAGGAGGCGGGCGUGCACGCCGACGAGCACGGGCACCUGCACGUGCGCGGCGAGGCCCAGUUUGGCGACUGUUGCGGGAUCGCGAUCCCGGCGCCGUUCGCGGCGGCCGAGGUGCAGAAGCACGGGGCGGGGGGCGUCGCAGGGGUGCCGCGCGAGCUUGGGACGGGCUCGACGGUGCGGCGGAUCCCGUUCGACUAGCGCAGCGAGCUGGAAUGGAGCUGUCUCGCGGCGA